UUGAGCUUCCCCACCAAGGCAACCAGUCCGAGAGCGCAGCUUACCUCUGCGAGCGGAGACCUCCAGUCUCGCUUCACCUCUGGAUAUUGGGACCUCUCUACCAUGUCCUAUCCACAAUUUGGAUAUUCCUAUUCUUCCACACCUCAAUUCCUGAUGACAACCAACUCUCUGUCCACUUGCUGCGAAUCCACCGGCAGAUCCAUCGCGGACACCGGCGUGGCAGCGUCCGCGCAGACACCGGUCUACUGUCCCGUGUACGAGAGCCGCCUGUUGGCCACCGCCCGACACGAGCUCAGCUCGGCCGCCGCGCUGGGGGUAUACGGGACCCCCUACACCAGCGGCCAGGGCUACGGAAACUAUGUGACUUACGGGACGGACGCCUCAGCUUUCUACUCGCUGGGUGCCUUCGACACGAAGGACGCCACCGGCUCAGCCCACGCAGGCAUUACCCAGGCAGCCACCUAUUACCCCUACGACCCCACCCUGGGACAGUACCAGUACGACAGGUAUGGCUCCAUGGACGGCAGCACCCGGCGCAAGAACGCCACCAGGGAGACCACCAGCACCCUGAAGGCCUGGCUGCAGGAGCACCGCAAGAACCCCUACCCCACCAAGGGCGAGAAGAUCAUGCUCGCCAUCAUCACCAAGAUGACCCUGACGCAGGUGUCCACCUGGUUCGCCAACGCCCGCCGGAGACUCAAGAAGGAGAACAAGAUGACGUGGCCGCCGCGGAACAAGGGCUCCGACGACAAGCGCUACGACGACGAGGAUGAGGAGGAGGAGGAGGGCUCCCAGGAGGGGCAGCCCAAGAGCGAGAACAACGAGGACGAAAGCCGAAGCCGAGGCGACAAGGAUCUCCAGCUGAGCGACCUGGAAGACUACGACACCAUCGAGUCGGAGAGCUCCGAGUGUGAGCUAAAACACCAGUACCACAUGAACACACACAUGACCACCACCGACUGCCCCAGCGACCACAUCAAAGACACUUCGCUGAAGCUCUCCAUCCCGGUGUCCCUCGGAGGGGAGCAGGUCCUUGGCAAAAGUUGUCUCAAAACCAGCCCAGACAGUUUUGACCCGCACAACAGACAGCAGGCCAAAAUGUGCUACCAACAACAACAACAGCAACAGCAACAACAACAGCAGCAACAACAACAACAACAACAACAACAACAACAACAACAACAACAGGGUCACCAAAUAAUAGACGGAAAACCCCGGAUCUGGUCCUUGGCGCAGACCGCAACGUCGUUGAACCAGGCCGAGUACUCGUCGUGCAUGCUGCGGUUUCAGCCGUCCUCCCUCAGCCCGUCCCCCGACGCAACCUCGCCGGUCAGAGGCCUGGAGGACCGGCAGGACUCGCCGGUGACCACUCUGAGAAACUGGGUAGACGGGGUCUUCCACGACCCUUUGUUUAGGCACAGCUCGUUGAACCAGGCCUUGAGUAACACCACCGUCUCUUGGACGACCCCCAAAGGCGCUCUCCUGGAAACGGGCGGUGGGGAACGCGCGGUGGAGAACAGCGGUGCCGUCAAAGGACACUCGGCUCUGCAGCACCUCGACUCCCAUAAAGACAGUGGCUUGGGCUUCCCAAAGACUGUAAAUAAGCUUUUCUGUUCGUAA